AUCUGUCACAUUCAAUUCAACGCCUCUAGCCACAGCUAUAACCCAAAACUCUUGUACGCACUUUACUACGCCUUUUGUCGUCGAGCCAUCAAUCUAGCUUAUUUUAUUCUUCUUUUGUAUAUUAUUUUGACCAACUGUGAAAUGGGUGUCGUGCGGAACAUAUACCUCAGUUGGAAGGCACUGCGCUUCCCCUGGCGCAAAGACGUAUUCAAGGGAUCGGAUCUUGAAGGCAACUUAUACUUUGAGCGAAUGUCGCAAAGCACAGUUCGUCCACGCCGUGUUGUUGUGUAUAGGGAGAACUUUGCCAUUAGCGAUUACAAAGACGACAUCAUCCCGGUGCAAUGGCAAGCGUGGAUGCGCCAUACCAGGGAUCAGCCGCCGUCAAUCAGCGAGCUUGUGCAAGAGAUCCAGCGCCGCCAGCGUCUUGCGGAGAAUGUCCGCAAACUGGAUCUUGCGCGGAAGCAGUCUCAGGGUGUGCCCGAGCUGGCUGGCCAGAGUGAAAAGAAAGAACAGCCUACAGUAUUCCAAAAGUCGGCUCCCGGCGAGAGCUACCAGCCCGAAGGCUGGACGCCAUCGCCGCCAUCCAAUGAAGCGCCCGCCUCUGGCCGCUGUGCAGAAGGAGGAAGAGCGAGGGGCGAAGUCGGUACCAAAGAAAGUGAUGGCCGAUAACCGCAACGCAACAUACAAAAUGACGUUGCCUGGCUCGGCAAUCGCCAUGUUGGUCUGAUCUGAUCCACUCUGAUCCACUCUGAUCUGUUUCCACCCUACUCCUGUCCAAGCGACAACAACAAAAAUACAAAGAACUGUUUCUUCAGUGUCCACGUGUCAGCAAUGAAAAUCUGAAGGAUGUCAAUAUUUUUCUUCUCCUUCUCUGC